AUGCUCUACCAGUUCCAGGGAAGUCUCCCCGGAGCACCGAUUCUGUUCUGCACCCUCAACUCUCAUAAAGUGGACAUGCAGAAGCUACUGGGGGGGGGGCGGAUCGGACUGGAAGACUUCAUUUUCGCUCACGUCAGAGGAGAGACCAAGGAGGUGGAGGUGACCAAGACCGAAGACGCAUUAGGCCUCACGAUCACAGACAACAGAGCUGGAUAUGCUUUCAUCAAGAGGAUAAAGUAAGGCAACACCAUAGACCAGCUGAAGACGGUCUGUGUUGGGGACCACAUCGAGGCCAUCAAUGACCAGAGCAUUGUAGGCUGUCGACACUGCGAGGUGGCUAAGAUGCUGAAAGAGCAACCUCGAGGCAUACCUUUCACGCUCCGCCUGGUGGGGCCAAAGAAGAUGCGGGAACAGAUUCUUGAGGGGCGGCUAACGAUGGAAAGCGAGCCGAGCGUGAGGACGCUAAAGCUGCACGGAUGCAGGUAUUUGAAGAAGUGA